AUGAUACCACCCGCACAUGCAGCCCUCUUGGCAGCUACCCUGGCUUUGCUGUCUGGUGUCAACGCCUCCAAAAAAUCGGCUUCCUCAAACGGCUACGAUGCCAUCAUAUGUGGCCAAAAUGGUUACUCAGAUGACUCUGGUCUAUCAUACAGUGCAAACGCCUGGAAUCCUGACGACAAUGGUUUCCAGUGCCUUUCAAUCAUCAACGCAAGCUCUUCCACCACCAGUGGCUUCGAUGCCACAUGGAAGUGGCCGGGAGAUCCAGAUGCAGUGCAUUCUUUCCCGCAUGUAACAUUCUUGUCGGAUGACCUGCCGGUCACCGUAUCUAACAUCUCCGCCCUACGGCUGGCCGCAUCAUGGGCGUACGCCCCUGGCUCGAUCUCUACGGCUGAUGACGCGGGACGCCUGGACGGGUUUGACACCAACGGCCUCAAUGACAUCGGGGCAAAAGCCAACAUCGCGUUCGAUAUGUUCAUGGACAUGGACAAAGUCAAGGCAGCUUCUGCUACAGCUGCCAAGUAUGAGAUGAUGAUUUGGAUCGGUCAGGUUGGCAAUCCUUAUCCUCUCGGAUUCGAUUCUGAGAAUGCCACCUGUUACACCCAACAGCUAGGCUCCUUCAACUUCACGCUGUACACAGGCCAAAACUCCCGAGGCACACUGGUCUACAGCUGGGUCUCACCAGCAGAUCAAACGUCGUUCGAUGAGGACAUAACUCCGCUACUGCAAUAUCUCUGGCGCAACGAGCUCGUAUCUGCCGACGCCCGGAUCGGGCUUGUUGAAUUUGGUUCCGAAGCUUACCACUCGGGCAACAAUGUCACCUUCAGCGCCGGAGAUUUUGACAUGAACGUAUGGCUCGGGACGCCUGUCAAAUUUGAGCUGAACCCAGUUGCAGAUCACUGCGAAGCGCCGGAGAGCCCAGCUGGCCCACAAGGCACGGGCUCAUCCUCAUCGGAAAAGGGCAUGGGUCUCAGAGCUAGAGAAGCUCCGAUGACAGGAGUCAUUGUGAUGGUCGUCGCCAUAGUUUCUGCGUUGGCAAGCUUAGGCUAG